CAUUAGGGUUGAACCGUGUUUUGGGUUGCCACUGCGUGCCUGCACCACUUUCCUUCGCACAAAUCCUGUAAAAAAUAGCCGCCAGAAAUUCAACAUUACCGAUCUUGCUCUCUUCUUCCAAUCCAUACACACUACGAUGGUCCAGAUCUCUGAAGUUAAAGAAUCCCAGGCGUCCCGCGAGACACAAACGAGAACCGCGGCUCACACCCACAUCAAGGGCCUCGGGCUCGACGAACACGGGGUUGCGCGCACCAUUGACGGCGGGUUUGUGGGCCAGAACGAGGCCCGUGAGGCAUGCGGCGUGGUUGUGGACUUGAUCAAGGCCAAAAAGAUGGCUGGUAAGGCGAUUUUGCUUGCUGGUGGUCCCGGGACCGGAAAGACCGCGUUGGCGCUCGCGGUGUCGCAAGAAUUGGGCCCAAAGGUGCCGUUCUGCCCGAUUGUCGGGUCCGAGUUGUACAGCGCUGAGGUCAAGAAGACGGAAGCGUUGAUGGAGAACUUUCGCAGAGCCAUUGGCUUGCGUAUCAAGGAAACCAAGGAGGUCUACGAGGGGGAGGUUAUCGAGUUGACGCCAGAGGAGGCUGAAAACCCGCUUGGUGGGUACGGAAAGACCAUCAGCCACGUGCUCGUGGGGUUGAAAUCCGCCAAGGGGACCAAGCAGUUGCGUUUAGAUCCGUCUAUCUACGAAUCCAUCCAAAAGGAGCGCGUGUCCGUUGGUGAUGUUAUUUAUAUCGAGUCCAACACCGGUGCCGUUAAGCGGGUGGGCCGCUCCGACGCUUACGCCACCGAGUUUGACUUGGAGGCCGAGGAGUACGUGCCAUUACCAAAGGGUGACGUGCACAAGAAGAAGGAAAUCGUCCAGGACAUUACCUUGCACGAUCUCGACAUGGCCAACGCCAAGCCCCAGGGCGGUCAGGACGUGUUAUCGAUGAUGUCGCAGGUGAUUCGUCCGCGCAAGACCGAGGUGACGGAGAAGUUGCGCACUGAGGUCAACCGCGUGGUGUCCAAGUACAUCGAUCAGGGUGUCGCAGAGUUGGUGCCGGGUGUCUUGUUCAUCGACGAGGUCAACAUGCUCGACUUGGAGUGCUUCACCUUCUUGAACCGUGCCUUGGAGUCUGCCAUUGCGCCAAUCGUGAUUCUUGCGUCGAACAGAGGCAUGACCACCGUUAGAGGGUCCGAAGACAUGGAUUUUAAGGGGCCCCAUGGCUGUCCGCCGGACUUGAUCGACCGUUUGUUGAUUGUCAGAACCUUGCCGUACGCGCAGCUGGAGAUGAAGACAAUCAUCAGCAAGAGAGCAAAGGUUGAGGGGUUGUCGUUGACCGAGGAGGCCUUGGCCGAGUUGUCUGCCAAGGGGAUCUCGUCCAGUUUGAGAUACGUAUUGCAAUUGUUGACACCGGCAGGCGUUUUGGCAAAGGUCAGUGGGAGAGAGGAGAUCACGUUGGAUGACGUGGUGGAGUGUGAGAUGUUGUUUUUGGACGCCAAGAGGAGUAUCAAGGUGUUGGAGACCACCAAGGGCUAUCUCUAGGAACCAGAAGCGGUUCCUGAUGAUACCAAGGGGAAAAUGGCGUCUCCCUGGAACGGAACAACCUCUAGGCCUAGGAGGGUUUCUGGUGGUGCCAAAUAGCGUCCCUGGACCCGACGAACUCUAAGAGGUUUUCUCCACACUUAGUACAAAGGUGACUCCACAAUUGUAUAUUAAAUAAAGGGUUGUAUUUUAUUUUAGCAUUUCUAG